AUGGAUACUGAGGAAAAGUACAAUCUGUUGAUAAUUGGGGGAGGACAUGCUUCUUUUAAAUUUUUAUAUAAUUUAUUCAGAACAUCAAGGAUGUAGUUCUAAUUUAAAUUAAGAUUGCCAGAAUAUGUGAAUGGAUUAGGAAUUGGGAUUCUUGAAAAGGGCAAAUGCUUUGGUUCUGGAAAUCUAGAAAAUAAGAUGAAUUAAACAACAUAUCCAGCAAACUGA